AUGCUCUUCCUCCGCUCUCUGCCCCGGCGCACAGGUCUCACUCAACUAACGCGCCUAUCUCGCAAUGCUCCCCGGCGCACCAUGAUUCCUGCCCCGGGCCCCAACACGGGGCCAUUGAUGGAGCGACGCGCAGACCGAGAGCUCCCCACCAUCCAGAACAGCCGCCGUUGGAUGCGGACCUUCCCUUUCUUUGCUGUGGCAGUCGGUGCUGCUAUGCUUGGUAUCUUCAACUACCAAAAGUCCUCCUCGAGUAUCGUCAGCAGCACACUAUACGCUUUGCGGACAUCCCCCCAGGCCCGCGAGAUCCUGGGUGAUGAGAUCUACUUUGCCCAGCAGAUCCCAUGGAUCAGUGGAGAAAUGAAUCAACUACAUGGGCGCAUCGAUAUCUCAUUCUGGGUGAAAGGCACCAAGACCCAGGGCAAGAUGAGGUUUCGAAGUAUCCGGCCGGACCGGAUGAGUUACUUCCGUACCGAGGAAUGGAGUCUGGAGACCGAAGAUGGAACCGUGGUGCAGUUGCUGGAUAACGACAGUGAUCCCUUCCGGAAGGAGUAA